CUUAUCCAAACCCAUUCGUUCCCCUAGCGAUUCUUCUCCUCUCCUCACCUUUCUUUUUUCAGAACCGGAUCAGCUUCAUGUCUGCUUCCUCUUCUCCAGAUUUGACCAUGCCCUCAUUUCGCUUGCUCUCUGAUAGCGAUGAGGACCAACCUAAGCCUCAUCGUACUCAGAAAUCUUUGAGCAAGCGCAAACGAGCCAUAGCUACCUUGAAACGUCAUGUUGAUCCGCUUCCAUCAAGUUCAUCUGACACUGAUCCUUCGUGGAAUUUCUGGAAAAAAAUACCUAGGGGUUUGAGGUCCAUUUCUUUACUGCAUAAGAUGGCUUUUGAAUGUGUGAUGUUCUCUCUAAGGCACUAUGUUCUCUCUAAGGCAGUUUGUUCCUAUGGCUUUCAUGUGUGCCUCUCUUUACUGCCUAUGAUGAAAUCUAAAUGGGUGUUGAAAGCCUCGAAAGGUACUUCCAACAGUGGAGGCAGGGAGACAUCGGCUGAGUCGGCGUUGGCAUCUCCAAAACGAGAGGAAGUUGGAAGAGGAGUAAAGGACGUUGGCCUAAUCAGAGAGAAGAACUUUGUCCUAAUCAGAGGAGACGCAGACCCCGUGGGGCUCCUACAUGCCCUACAACUUAAGGGCGAAGAAGGUGAAAUCAUUUACUACCGCAAACCCGACCUCCCCGACGAGGAUAACCAAACCCCGGAUUACACCCACAACAUUUACCGUGGGGGUAAAAAAACCCCUCUCCCCAAACACUUCAAUUCCUCAGCUCCCAAGCCCGGCCCUCGCCGCCCCGAGUGCAGGCUCUGGGGCGGCGAGGACGAGGGCGGCGGGGCCCGCGAGAGCUAUCCCGGACACGUCCGGGAGAGCUACGUGGCGGGUCCCGCGUGCGCUCCGAAGGAGUGCACGCAGUCGGAUUGCGCGUUCCACGACCAUUAUUUGAAGAGUGUCGAUCAGGCGGCGGGGCCCGUCGUUCCGCCGCCUGUGCCCGUGGGAUUCUACGGUAGCGGCGGCAGCGGGGGGUACCCGAUGCAUCCGCAGUAUGGAUUCCCGCAGCGUCCGCCGCCGCCGCCGUGGGGGUAUGGCUAUGGCCACCGGAGGAUGAUGAUGUGAUUCUCCAUUUUCUAUGAAUUAUUGGAUAAAGAGUAUAUGUAUUCUUCAACAAUUAUUCUUUAUUUUUUCUUCCAUCCAUUUUCCCAUUAUUAUUGUGGUGGCUAUUAUUCCAUUGUUAUCCUCUUUUUUUUGUACAAUCCAAUUUGAUCUUCUAUGGACACUUGAGUCUUUAUAGGUUAUACUAGUAUAUUUUUGCAUAGUCUAUAGAACAUGUGAGUUUUCUAAGCUUCAAGUCUAAUCCCUUCUAUUCCAUAAUAAUGGUCUUUCAAGGGU